GUCCUUGGAGGUCGGUAUCCCAAUAAUUUAGAUGGAUAAAUUUGCAAUAAGUUUUCGUAUGGCUUUCAUUGUGUAGUUAGGUGCAAUUAAAUCAAGAUACUGUAGCAGAGACUUGGCUCUUGACGCGUUGUUCUCUUAGCUACCUAAACUAAGCCAACCAUCCAAUUGCCGCUUAGAACACAAAUCUAUCAUGUUUUCAUGCAUUCUCAUGUAAGCAACAGAUUUGACUCGUAGCUAGAUUGGAUAAAAUAUCAUCUCAUGUUUCGCAAUACGCACCGUAAUCUCUCAAGACUUCAUAUUCUCCUACUUACCUCCAAAGUUAGGAUGGCACCUGUAUUAUCAGACCUUAUCGGUCAAUAUCCUGUUCUAACAACUAUUUCGAAAUAUCUCUCCACAAUUGACCUAUUUCAGCUUGGCUUAAGUUGUCGCCAUUCUCAUGCUUAUAUCCUAUCCUCAGCUAAAGUCUCCGAAGUUCUUCGACGUAACUGUCUUUGCGACGGACACGGAUUACUUCGCCGGCAGAAUGUGUGGAAUUACGGUCGAUACUCAUAUAUAUGGGGACCAACCGGUAGAAAAAUCCACCAGGAUGAGGAAAUCGAGGUAAAGCUCUUUGCAACUAGAUGCGAUGAAGCCGGCGCACUCCCCUGCAUCAAGUGUGGUAUCAACAUCUGCGAAGAGUACAGAAAGUGUCUACGAGUGCCCUCAAGGAUUGGUACCCGCUGUCCUCAUCUCAACAAGUCGUGGCAAAACGAGAACCUCAUGUGUCUCUGCGAUAUCUGCGACGCUAGACUCGAAGAGCAGCUUAGCGGGCAAUUCCUCAACGAGCUGUGUGAUUGCGACAGAUCUAAGCGUUGAAUCUGCUUGAGAUGUAAGAAAGAAGAGGACAGGAAGACGGGAGAAUACUAUAAGAAACAUACUGCUGAAGAAGUACACGAUUACGACCGUUACCUCAAGGAUCAUGAUGCGACAAAAGUCAUGAUGGACCAUCAAUUUAAUCUUCUAUUUUACUGCACUUGUGGCGCGUUUGUGCCUAAGGAGGCGCGUCCUCGGUGUAUUUGGUGUAAGAGAAAGCACAGACUAGAUGAGGAAUGGAGUCAUGAAAUGGAAGAGACGAGCGAUAUGCCGAUUGAUGACGGCUCUUAUCCAAUUUUUGUUCCUGACGCGACGUCAUAUCCAACAUUGGCAUAACGGUCCGAUCUACCAGGUCCCAGCCCGUCCCUUCUAGAAGCGAUAAGACAGGUAAAUGAUCCUGAAUUGAUGGUUUGGUGCUUAGAUAGGUAGAUAAGAUAAGACCCUCGAUAAGAUAAUAAUUCCUAGUUCAACUCCAAAAAUUUCCUAAACAACAUGUGCCCAC